CCGGCCGCCCAGCCCAGCCCAGCCCAGCCCACUUUCCGCCUGCCUCCUUCCCCCGAGACACACGCACACACACACAAGGCAGCGGCGGCGGCAGCAGGAACCCGUCCUACAGGCUCCGGCAGCACCUUGCUCCCCACUGCCGCCGGGAGAGGCGCGGGGCAGGGCGGCCGUGCCCAUGGGGGGCGCGGGGCAGCCUCGGGCCGCGGGGUCCCCUCGGCUCUGAACUUCUCGCUGCCUCUCCUCCCGCGCCCCUUGCGCCCCGGCUGUCCGCCAGGCCAGGCCGGCAGCACAAAGGCGCGGAGUCCCGGCGCAGCCCCAGCCCCCGGGCCGGGCCGGGCCGGGGCAGCAGCGGGCACCAUGCCCCAGCUGCCGGGCGGCGGCGGCGGCGGGGGGGACCCGGAGCUGUGCGCCACGGACGAGAUGAUCCCGUUCAAGGACGAGGGCGACCCGCAGAAGGAGAAGAUCUUCGCCGAGAUCAGCCACCCCGAGGAGGAGGGCGACCUGGCCGACAUCAAGUCCUCCCUCGUCCACGAGUCCGAGAUCAUCCCCAGCGGCGCCGGGCACGAGGUUUCCAGGCAAGCACAAGCCCAGGAAUCGUACCAUGAUAAAAGCCGAGAACUUCCUGAAGAAGGAAAACACCCAGACAGCAGUUUAUACAGCAAGGGCCCAUCAUACUCCGGUUAUUCUGGGUAUAUCAUGAUGCCAAAUAUGAAUAACGACCCAUACAUGUCUAAUGGCUCUCUGUCGCCACCCAUCCCUAGAACAUCAAACAAGGUGCCAGUGGUGCAGCCUUCCCAUGCGGUUCACCCUCUCACCCCACUUAUCACCUACAGCGACGAGCACUUUUCCCCAGGGUCACACCCUUCGCACAUCCCCUCAGACGUCAACUCAAAGCAAGGCAUGUCUAGACAUCCUCCGGCUCCUGAUAUCCCAACCUUUUAUCCAUUGUCUCCAGGUGGUGUUGGACAGAUAACACCACCACUUGGCUGGCAAGGUCAGCCUGUAUAUCCCAUCUCGAGUGGAUUUAGGCAGCCCUACCCAUCCUCACUCUCAGUCGACCCUUCCAUGUCCAGGUUUUCACAUCAUAUGAUUCCUGGACCUCCAGGCCCUCACACAACUGGAAUCCCUCAUCCAGCUAUUGUAACGCCUCAAGUCAAACAAGAACAUCCGCACAAUGACAGCGAGCUAAUGCAUGUGAAGCCUCAGCAUGAACAGAGAAAAGAGCAAGAGCCAAAAAGACCUCACAUUAAGAAACCUCUGAAUGCUUUCAUGUUGUAUAUGAAAGAAAUGAGAGCAAAUGUUGUAGCGGAGUGUACUCUGAAAGAGAGCGCAGCUAUCAACCAGAUUCUUGGCAGAAGGUGGCACGCUCUCUCCCGUGAAGAACAAGCUAAAUAUUAUGAACUAGCUCGUAAAGAAAGGCAGCUACACAUGCAGCUUUAUCCAGGCUGGUCUGCAAGAGACAACUAUGGGAAGAAAAAGAAGAGGAAGAGAGAAAAGCUACAGGAGUCAGCAUCAGGUGGGAAAAGAAAUGCUUUCUCGACAUGCAAAGCCAAGGCAGCGACACCAGGGCCCCUUCUGGAGAUGGAAGCUUGUUAAAACCCCAGGUGUGUCCUUCAUCCAUGCAGACCACCCCCCAUGGAGUCUGUCUAGGAUGUCACUGCUAGAGACACUGAACCAUAAAGACAAUCACUGCCAAAACCCUUCACUAUCACGAGAUUCCCAACCCUGAUAUAAAGAGAUCAAAUGAGCAUUUCAGAACUCCUGGGUCAGCAGAACAGCUUUUGUCUUCACUCCAUCUCCACUUUGCAUUCCUAAGCCCGUCUCAUCAGCAUCCACAUUGAGUCGGCAGCAAAGUAGUUUGGCUGCGUCUGCCUGCUUCAGCCAACUGAAUAACAUAGACCAACAGCUACCCCCUGUCCUCCCCCCCCAGCCCCAGCACGCUGAGGAAUGGAACUCGUCUGGUCAAGGGAGACCCACUCACACUUCUUUUUAUUUAAUGGUGAGACAGGAUCAAUUUUGGUUUUAGCUUUUUUAAGAAACUUGAAUGCUUUUAUAUUUUAACUUUUAGUUUUUCAUUUCCUUGGUGUAUAUUUUACUAGCUGCAAGCUUUUAAAGAAGCUUCAAAGAUCUAAGUUUCUUUUUAAAUAAAAAAAAAGUCCUUUUUUUUUCUGCCAGAGGAAAAGCCUGUAUGGAAAGGGUGGCUUUUUCAUUAAACUAUUUGUAACAAAUAGUGGCCCUCUCCGUCUGUGUAAUACAGUGUCCUAUAGAACUAAAUACAUUUUAACAGUCACCUGGUCAGUAGACAUGUCAGUCCUGCUUCAUCUACUCUCUGUAAAACAUAAGCAAUACAUCCAGCAAAUUCGACUGCAGUGAGUUCUCUUCCUCAUCCAUUGCCCUCCUCCUUGUAAAAAGCCCAGCACUUGAAUUAUUACUUCAAUUGUUCUGUAUUUGUAUCUGUUUUUGUUAGCCUGUUAGUGGGAUUUUAUGCCAGUUGUUGAAAUGAGCAUUGAUGUACCCAUUUUUUUAAUAGUAAGGCACAGCCUUUGCCAAAAAUACUGUCAACUGAUUUGUCAUUCCAGUUUGAGUUACUGUGCUGAGCAUUUGGUUGGUUUUUUUGUUUUUUUUUUAAUAAAAGCUUUGUAAUAAAAUGCA